AUGGAUGAUUGGUCACGCGCCACCGUUCACGGUGCUAUUGUCAUCUUUCCUCCGUCUGGUUCCGACUAUCCUUUUCCUAAGCCCUAUGCUGAAGUGCCCAUAAUUAUAGGAGAAUGGUGGAAGAAAGAUGUGAUGGUUGUUUUAAAGGAGUUUAUGGCAUCUGGAGGACAACCUAUAGUUUCUAAUGCUUUCACAAUAAACGGUCAGCCUGGAGAUUUAUAUCCUUGCUCUAAACAAGAUACAUUUAAGCUGGAUGUGGUACGAGGGAAAACUUACCUCUUGCGAAUAAUCAACGCUGUAAUGAACGAAAUUCUAUUUUUCGCCGUAGCGGAUCAUAAACUCACUGUGGUUGGCGCGGAUGCUAGCUACACUAAACAAUUAACAAGUGACUUUGUUGCUAUCUCCCCUGGUGAAACCCUAGAUUGCCUCCUAGUUGCUGAUCAACAACCUGGACAGUAUUACAUGGCCGCAAGAGCUUAUGUUAAUGGUAAAGAUGUCUUUUUUGACCACACAACCACAACAGCAAUAAUCAAGUACGACGGUUCAUCUUUGUCACCAACUCCCAAAAUGCCGCGACUUCCUGCUUACGAUGAUACUGAUUCGGCUACGGAUUUUAGUGGAAGCUUGAAAAGUUUAGCUAGUGAAGACCAUCCAAUUGAUGUCCCGAAAGAAGUGGACAAAAAUUAUGAAAUCACUGUAUCCAUUUCAGCAUUUCCAUGUGAAAAAUGCACCGGCCCAAAUGGAACCCGGUUGGGAGCUAGCUUGAACAACAUAUCAUUCGUGAACCCGUCGAUCGAUGUGUUAAGCGCGUAUUAUCAUGGUAUUGGUGGUGUUUUCGGGAAUGAUUUUCCGACAAACCCACCGUUGGUAUUUGAUUUCACGGCCGACGUCUUACCUCUUGAGUUUCAAAUAUCGGAAAGGAAGACAGAAGUGAGAGUGAUCGAAUAUGGUUCUGUAGUUGAGGUGGUUCUUCAAGGGACAAAUUUGGUUGUCGGAAUGGAUCAUCCAAUGCAUCUUCAUGGAUACAGUUUUUAUGUUGUUGGUUGGGGAUUUGGCAACUAUGAUAAGAAUAAGGAUCCUCGCAAGUAUAACCUUGUAGAUCCUCCCCUACGCAAUACAAUUGCUAUCCCAAAGAAAGGCUGGACUGCUAUCAGGUUCAAGGCAAACAACCCUGGAGUAUGGCUAAUGCAUUGUCAUAUAGAGCGCCAUCUUUCAUGGGGAAUGAACACAAUAUUUAUUGUAAAAGAUGGUCAGAGUCCGGAAGAGAAGAUGCUACCGCCACCAGAGAUGCCUCCAUGCUGA